AUGACGAUCUCGGUGGCGGAGGCUUCAGAUCCGGCAGUGAAGGAGGGCCGCCUGCUGUUGUACGCCGGCUGUGAGUCCUUGACGACACUCUUCAAUGUCACACCCAAGGAGGACGGCUCCCCCCUGGAUUUCUUCAAGGUCCUGACGAGCGGGGCGAAACCUGAGCAGCUUCAGCUGUUUCAGCCAGGUGCCCCGGUUGAGAUCAAGUCAGACGAGAAAGACAAAGACAAGUCCAUGGAGGUGAAGGUCACAGCCGACCUCGGCAUCACCUGCAAGGGCCUCCCCGACAAACCCGCCGAAACUGUGACCGGUGCUGAGAACCCCUCCACGCAGUCUAUGCCAUGCGUAUCGCCGGAGCUUGUGGGAGGCGGGGUCAACACCACGCUGUACUCCUGCAACCGCGCAGCCUGGUUCGACCCGGGCCUCGGGGCCGGCAAGUUCCGUCCCGACCAUGUGGCGAACUAUGUCGAGUUGAAACUCUCCUCCUUGACAUUCCCAAUCUCCGACAAGUGGAGCGAUGCAGAGGCGAAGUCCAUGUACUACGUGCGAGCUCGAGUCUGCGGUGUCGCGGUGACCAGCACCGCUCUCCACCGGCCAAAUCCGGUCUGGUCCAAGGUGCUUCCGUCGCAUCUCGUGGACCCCAGCCAGAUCCGCUUCGAAGGCCAACAGCUGCUUCUCCCGUUGCCAGCUGGAUGCUGGGCUGGUGACGACCCGGAACGCAGCGAGAUGCGGAAGGUCCGCAUUGAGGUUGUCAAGGCAAGCUACAAGGACACUGGGUCCGUCCUCGACUUCGACAGCUUCGCUAACACAGCAGGAGCGGCCCCAAAGAACACAUACUCCGAGAAGGUGGUCUUCAAGGCUGCUCUUAGAUUCGACAAUCACAUGCUCGUGGACAUGCAGAAGCAGCUGGGCCUGUUCCUGACGGGGCCUGAUCAACAGGUCAAGGAGGUUGAUGUGUUCCGACCGACGGCGAAGUCGGACCACGCCACCGACACUCAGCCCCAGGGGAUGCUCAGCUUGGAGUUUGCCCUGAGAGACCGGGAUCAGGCGAGAGCUGUCAUGGGCCAGUCCGGCCACAAAAGCGCCCUGUGCAUCGGUGACAAGGCUAUGCUGGUGGUGGAGGAGCCUUUCCUUUACCCGAAGGAUGCUGCGGACUUCCGGAAGCAGUUCUGCGUUGGCGACUUUGUCAAAGGCAAGAAGGAUGGACAGCCGUGGCGUGUCGAACUCCGCGAACCGUGCCUGAGCAGCGAGUACGCCGAGAGCGGACUUGGCGACCUGGUUCCGAAGCGGCCGUUCAAGCAGAGCUUCAUCCCCACUUUCUGCGACGACAUCAUCCCCCACAAGUAUGUCAUGCCCUUGUCGGAGAAAGAGUUCCUGGACAAGCACAAGCCGGGUUUCUUCAAUCGCAUUAUGGAUGACAUGGCUUCGAAAGCAUCAUCCGACCACACGCUGCCGUACCGGUCCGGCCCCAACAAGCCAGUCGUAUCUCAUCUCGAGCACAUGAACCGACACGUGCCUGUGACGAUCCUGGCUAUGUAUGCGGACAGUGGCAACGGUGCCACGUGUGAUGUGGAGCUCCUCGACAGACUAGCGACCCAGCAGCGGAGGUUUGCCUUUCCCGGCAAGCUGGAGAAGCUGGAUCGCAAAGGGAAGGCUGGGGAGGCGCUGCCCCCGCGGUUCAUUCUCAAGCAGGUGCCAGCAAUCCUGCUGAAUGCUGUGCACUAUUCCGGCAUCAACGUUUACGAUGCUUUGUUCAAGACAACUUCGGAUGUCAUCCAAGCGCCGCCGCCUGCCAACGAGUUCGAUCCUCGCUCCUACGAGGCUGCGCAGUGGGAGUCUCAGUUUCCGUUUCGACGGGGGGCUUGGGAAGUUCGCUUUGACAAAGUCUCGCUCUUGUGGAAAGGUGCGAAGAAGAAUUACUUGGAGUACAAGCUCGCGGCGGGCCCGCUUCCUCCCGAUGCUAGCACAUCGGCCUGCAUGUACGAGUUCAAUGUCCGUGUGCGCUUCCCCAGCGAGUACGAGAUGUAUCAGUUCGUCGCCAUGGUGCGCAAAUGCGUGCGCGUGGACCACUACCAGCAGGCAUCGAAAAUGAUCGAGUACCAAAAGCAAUCUCAGAUGACGACCCCUCAGCUAAUGCGCCAUCCCGGGCUGCAGAAAAGCGGCGGGCAAUUGGACGUGCUCCUGGUGGAAGCUCGCCGACUUCAGCCGCUGCAGUCGGCUCUCAACACGGUGCUUACCUCGGACCCCAUCACCCUCUACGAGUCGUGGUCGAAGGGCCGUUCCGAUGUGGACCCGUCACAGUCUAAUCAAAUGGUGGAUGCGAACUAUCUGCCGGAGCUUCUCGGUACCACGGAUGGCCAAGCGGUGAAGGGCACACCGGAAGGAAGCUCGAUUGGGACCUUCGUCAACUUCAGGAUGCUCCACAACAAGGAGGUCAUUCCAUACCGUGGGACGAACAAGCAAGUGUCUCCGGUCAUUUCGGGUACCGACAGCCCAGUUUGGUCCAAGCUGCCGCAGCUGGAGAGUGUGGGAGGCUGGACGUUCCGCACGGGCAUUAUCGAUCCCGAGAAGUACCCGAAAUUGCUGAUUGAGUUCGAGGUGAUGAAAGCAGGGAUGUCUCCGAGUCGCAUCGGUGUCAUCCAACUCCCGGUGACUGAAGAGCAGUUCCUGACGAAUCCCAACCAGAUGUUCAAGAACCUUUGGCUCCCAUUGGUCAGCGUGAAGGAUGGCGAGCUUACUCCCAACAUCACGGGCGAGAUCCACGUCCUCACUCGUUGGCUGCCGGUAGAGAUGAAGCAGGUGUUCGCCGACGGUCAGGAGAAGAUGCAGCUCUCCGUUCGGUCUAUGUUCUUAAAGGACAUCUGGAGCAAGGUCUGCCAGCCGAGAAUUCGCGAGCCGAUUUAUGGUGUGGAAGCCAUGUACCACGCUUUGACCUACAAUCCGAACCUCGUCCGGCUGAGGGACAAGGAGGGCACGAAGUCUCCGGAGACUUUGAAGGACAAUGCUCGAAGACAUGUCGAGGAGUUGUCGAACUGCGUGCCUUACCUGGAGUGCCUAGAGAGGCGUCAGCUCAAUGCCUGGAACAUUUUUCAGGCAGAGCUACAAGACCGUGGCUACGAAGGCCGCAGUAUCGGGGAGCUGCGUUUGCUGUGGCAGCAGAACGAGGACCAGGCAAUGCUAAACAAGCUGCAGCAGCUAGUCCUCAGAGGUGUGCCCAGCGCGCUGCGGCCGCAAGUGUGGGCAGAGCUCACGCUGGCCAGCCGCGUGGCGACGCAGGACGGAGCUACCUACGGCCGCGAUCCGGAGGCGAGUGGUGAAGAUGCCGCGGAGCAGGAGUAUCGUCAUCUCCUGGAGCGAGGCUUGCCACAACUUUCCGAUGCGAUGUUGCAGCUCCAGGAAGAUGCAGUACUGCUCGCCGGCUGGGAGUCCAGCACCCCGCCACUCCCAGAAGCGAUGGAGCUCCACCUCAAGCGGAUCAAGAAUGCAAAGAACGUUGUCACAGCUCUACUGGCCGUGGAAGACAGCGGCAUUGCCUACUGCGAGAGCCUGCUGGUGCUGGCUUUCUUCCUCCUCUUGCCGCAGGGCUACAAGGAGGUGGCGUCGUCGAGCUACACAGGGGAGGGGCUCACCCACCCCACCGAGAGCUCCGUCUUCUGGCUCCUGUACACCCUCAUCUGCACACGGACGAAUGGGGUCUACCGCGAGUACUAUGGGAUGCCACUUCAGCCGGAGCAAGACCCCAGCCAGACGGAGCUGGUGGGUGGCAGCGGGGCCGUACAGGAUGUGCACCUCUUGGAAUGUGCUGUGGCCUACCACGACAAAGAGCUCUACCAGUGCAUGUCGGCGAUGGGUUUCGAUCUCUCCACCGUCUUCUACGGAGCAUUCAUGAGGUGGUUUGCAACGUACAUGCCGACGGCCAGCGUAUUCAGGCUCUGGGAUGCUUUGCUGCUGCAGUCGUCGAAUCCGAAAGCGCAGCCUCAUGCCCGUGCAAACCUGAUCGAUCUUGGCUUCGCCUCCCUGCGUGCUAAGCGGACGGAGCUGAUGUCCUGCCAGUCUGCUCUGGAGAUGCGCAGUGUCGUUCUGGGUUUCCUGGCCUCGCUGUAUGACACAGGCACCGUCAUUGACUUGAUCCACUCAGCGCACUGCUUCUUGUGGGGCGGUGGUGGCUUCAGCAGUGGCAAAGUCGCAGUUCUUUGGACCAAGCGAGAGGAGCUCUUUACAGGUGCCAAUACCAUCACCAAGCACCAGAACCGGGUGCUCAAGCGAAUCGCUCACGAGGGCAUCGUGGGAAG